GCUCCAACUGAUUUAGUUCCAUCGAAUGGGGAGAAGUGGUCGCAACGGCGCUUGUUUAAUCACGAAUUCUAGUCAGCUACAAAGGCGCGCGCGUUUUUUCUUAUUAUCAAUAAUAAAAUUUUUAUAUUUUUUACAUGUAAAUAAUAAUAAACAACAGCAAUUAACGCAACAAUCAUAACCAAAGUGAAGUGGGAGGCCGGUCGUCGUUCGUCUACCCAUCACAGAAGUGCGAAAAGGGCGUUUUAUUGCAAAUUAGAGGAGAAAAAAAAAAACAAAACAAAUAAAUAUUCGAGACGCUCGCAUAUUGAUGGCUAUUUAUUAACAAACAAUAGAAAAAACAGCAAAGAAACAAACACUUAACUAGGAAAGUGAAAAUCGCAACAACACACAUUUCAUAGUUUUCUGGUGUUUUUUUUUUUGGACAACUGGCAAGUCAAAGUGAACGACCCCGUCGACCGGACCACAUUUGUAGGUGAACAAAACAACAAAAAGUGAUAGUGACUUAAUAUAGGUAAACAACAAACAAAGAAGCAACAGUAUGGAGCGUAUUUUAAGAGGUAUCAUGCGUUAUCGCAAUACAACACGUGAGCAAAUGGUGCGAGAAUUUCAAAAAGUUCGCGAUAACCCAGAGCCCAAAGCAGUUUUCUUCACCUGUAUGGACAGUCGUAUGAUUCCCACCAGAUAUACGGAUACUCAUGUCGGUGAUAUGUUUGUGGUACGUAAUGCUGGUAAUUUAAUACCACAUGCCCAGCACUUUCAAGAUGAGCACUACAGCUGUGAACCGGCUGCCCUGGAAUUGGGUUGUGUGGUCAAUGAUAUACGUCACAUAAUUGUGUGUGGCCAUAGUGAUUGUAAGGCAAUGAAUUUGCUAUAUGAGUUGAGAGAUCCUGAAUUUGCUUCCAAGCGCAAUCGUCGUCUAUCGCCUUUAAGGGCUUGGCUAUGUACACAUGCCAACACAAGUCUUAACCGUUUCAUGGAAUGGAAAGAGGCUGGCAUGCAGGACCCUUUAAUAUUCUCCUCAGAAACACCGCUGCGUCGCUUUGUCGCCUACAUUGAUCCAGAGAAUAAAUUUGCCAUUGAAGACAAACUUUCGCAAAUUAAUACAUUGGAGCAAAUGUCCAAUAUCGCCUCGUAUGGCUUCUUAAAACCACGCCUGGAAUCACAUGAUUUACACAUACAUGCCUUGUGGUUUGAUAUCUACACGGGUGACAUUUAUUUCUUUAGUCGUGGCGCCAAACGUUUUAUAACCGUCGACGAGGAUAGUGUGGAAAAGUUAACCGAUGAAGUUCGAAGAUUUUAUUCCUAAGGAAAAGGAGGGAUAAUGAAUUAUGGGAAAUUAACAAUUUGAGACCAGUCAUGCAUUUAACUGUGAUAUUGAUACAGGUCUGAAGUUCACUUCUAGAGUUGAAAAUUGGAUCAAAGGAAAAGAAAAUGGUUUCAAUUGCCUUCUAUGAGGAUUUCUUGAAUAUUCCAUAGGCCUGUGUUAACCACCUGUUAACAAUUUAACAAUGAAAUACCACUUUUUAGGGAUUUGAUUCUUAUUAAUGUUUAAAUAGUAAUAAUAAACUAAAUAUACAAACAUAUAUUUAUCCGAAUAUAUAGAUACAUAUUUUUUAAAAUGUUUGUAUUUUGCUAGUAAAAGUAAGGUGUAAAAUAAUAAUGUAACAAUCAUCUGAAAAAACAAUUAAAAAUUGUGUGUUCGUAAUAUUAAUCUAUGUAUGCUAAAUAAAAUAUACAAUCUAAAUGUA